AUGAAAAACCACACAACUGUGAAAAAGUUGGUUCUCACUGGACUAUCUGACCUUCCAAGUCUUCAGCUUCCUCUGUUCCUGGUGUUUCUCCUGAUCUACCUUAUAACUCUGACUGGGAACCUUCUCAUCCUUCUCUUGAUCUUCACUGAUUCUCAUCUUCACACUCCCAUGUACUUCUUCCUUGGAACCCUGGCAUGUCUGGAUAUGAGUUACUCCUCAGUCACUGUCUCAAGAAUGCUCUUUGAUUUACUCAGAGAAUUAAGAAUCAUUUCUGUGAGAUCUUGUAUAACUCAGGCCUUCUUCUUCCUCUUUUUUGCUGUAUCAGAGAUAUCUGUGCUGGCAGUGAUGUCCUAUGACAGAUACAUUGCCAUAUGUCGGCCUCUUCACUACAUGCAGAUAAUGACCUGGUAUGUUUGUGUUCAGCUUGUAUCAGGCGUAUUGGUUAUUAGUACAACAUAUUCCUUGGUGCACACUCUUUUUUUAAAUAAACGGACCUUUUGCCUCCCAAAUGUUUUGCAAAGUUUCUUUUGUGACCUCCCCCAAUUGCUUGAGGUCUCCUGUAGUGACACAUUCAUCAAUGUAUUGCUUAUAUUUCUCAGUGGAACACUGUCUGCAGAAGAUAUCACUACUGUCUAA